AUGGAUGAAGAAAAUAAAGAAAUUUCUGAAACCUUUUUAGAAUUAGCUAAAAAUGAAUUAAAGAUAGAAUCUAUCGAUAAAGAAGUUGAACAAUAUAAAAUUAGAAAGAUGGAAUCUGUAUAUAAUGAAAGAGAUACAUUAAUUGAGAAAAUUCCAUCAUUUUGGAAAAUUGUCCUUUCACAACAUUUAGAUUUUGCAAAUUAUAUAAGAGCAUCUGAUUUUAAAUAUAUUGAUGCAAUAGACAAAAUUACGGUAAAAUAUGCAUCUGAUAUAGAGAAGAUUGGUAGUUUCUCAAUUACGUUCCAUUUUAAUGAAAUAAAAGAUGAUUUCCCAGCUCAAAUAAUAUCUAAAAAUUUCAAAUUAAUGAAAAACGUACCAGACCAAAAGAAAUCUGGACAAGACAACGAAGAAGAAAAUACUGAGGAGACUAAAUUUGAUGAAAUAGAACUUGAAGAGAAACUAACCAGUGAAAUAAGUGAUGUUCAAUGGCCAAAGGAGUAUAAUUCAAUCAAUCCUGAUUUGAUUAAGGACAAAAAGAGUCCCGAAGGGAAAAAGAGUUAUAGACAAGGAAUGAAAUCCUUUUUUGGUUGGUUCAGAUGGACAGGAUUAAAGCCUGGUAAAGAAUUCCCACAUGGUGAUUCAUUAGCCACUUUAUUGAGUGAAGAUCUAUAUCCAUAUUGUGUUAAAUAUUACACUGAGGCACAAAGGGAUUUUGCCGAUGAAGAUUCUUAUUCUGAUGACACUUCGGAAGAGGGUAUUGAUUUAAGUGAGGAAGAACAAGACAACGAGGAACCUGCCAAGAAGAAAAUCCAUACUUCUUAG